AUGACUGGUGCGCACGGGAAGACCCCGUUGCAUGGCAAUGCACCCCUCACACAGUCACGGGAGACGGGCGAGGUGAACCCCGAGUCAAGACAGGCAGGAGCGCCAAUAACCAGUGGCGCAAAGGGGACGAGUUUUGCGAAAUCAUGGGCGCAUAUGGUAGCGGGCGGGAUUGGCGGCAUGACGGCUGCGACCCUGACGGCGCCACUAGACGUUCUCAAGACAAGGCUGCAGUCCGAUUUUUACCAGGCGCAGAUCAAAGCUUCACGGGCGUCGAUUAUCACACCAAUGAACCCUCUCCGAACGGUGGUAUUCCACUUCAAUGAGACCAUGUCCAUUCUAGGCUCUGUGUAUCGCCAGGAGGGGCCUCGCGCGCUUUUCAAGGGCCUCGGCCCCAACCUCAUCGGCGUGAUCCCAGCUCGUUCUAUCAACUUCUUCACCUAUGGAAACGGCAAGCGCAUUAUUGGUGAACACUUCAAUAACCCAGAUUCCCCUUGGGUGCACCUUGGCGCUGGCGCACUAGCUGGUGUCACCACUAGUACAGCAACAAACCCGAUCUGGAUGGUCAAGACUCGCCUGCAGCUUGAUAAGAACAUGGCUAUAGAGAGUGGCGGUGCCACCAAGCGAAGGUACAAGAACAGCUUGGACUGCAUCCGGCAGGUGCUGCGUGACGAGGGCAUUCACGGGAUGUACAAGGGCAUGAGCGCAAGCUACCUGGGCGUGGCCGAGUCGACCAUGCACUGGAUGCUGUACGAGCGCAUCAAGCAGUCCCUGGCCGCGAGAGAGGAACGUAUUGUUCUUAGCGGGAGGGCCAAGAACUGGUGGGACUACACAGUCGACUGGACCGGCAAGUUUGGUGCUGCGGGCUUCUCCAAGUUCAUUGCGGCCGUCAUUAGCUAUCCCCACGAGGUCGCUAGAACCCGCCUCCGCCAAGCGCCCCUCGCUGAUGGUCGGCCAAAAUACACGGGCCUGGUCCAGUGCUUCAAGCUUGUAUUCAAGGAGGAGGGCAUGCUCGGCCUCUACGGCGGGUUGACGCCUCACUUGCUGCGCACUGUCCCUAGUGCGGCCAUCAUGUUCGGCAUGUACGAGGGCAUCCUCCGCCUCCUGGAUACUCCGGCUUGA